AUGAUCCCAACUGAAGAUCGGCCUGUCCUCAUCAUAGGCGCUGGUAUAAGCGGUCUGCUUCUUGCACAGAGUCUAUCACGCCAGGGCAUUCCCUUCCGAGUAUUUGAACGCGACACGGAUCUUGAAACACGUGGUGUUGGAUGGGGUCUCACCCUUCUCUGGACGCUGCCCGUCUUGAAAGAUCUUUUGCCUCAAGAUUUGUUCGAUCGGUUGCCAGAGGCCUAUGUUGAUCGAGAAGCUGUUACCCAGGGCUUGUCGUCGAGCUUCCCGUUCUUUGACUUGAGUACAGGAGAGCUCAAGGCCUCUGUACCUAAAGCGCCAGAGGCAGAACGUGUCCGAGUGACUAGACAGAGCCUCAGAGCCUUGCUGGCCACCGGGAUUGAUAUUGAGUGGGGUAAAGGUGUUACUGGAAUCGUGUCGACGAAUGACUCUGUCACUGCUUCAUUCGAGGAUGGAAGCUCAGCGACUGGUAGUUUACUCGUCGCCUGUGACGGAAGUCACUCUCGAGUGCGUCGCUCACUGUUCUCUGAGUGGAAGCUCAAAGACAUUCCCGUUCGAAUGCUAGGCAUCAAAAUGGAGAUGUCGCCUUCGCAGAUCAAACCAAUUCGCGACCUUGAUCCGUACUUCUUUCACAGCACAAACUCGAGGAAUGACACCUUCGUAUACUUCAGCGUUCUCGACGCGCCAGGCAAUCACGCCGAUACGAACCGCCCGUACAUCGGACAACUUUGUAUCUCGUGGCCGUUUCGCGAAGGCUUCCUGAAUAGACCUUCCCCUAUCGAGAUCCCGGAUACACCAGAGGAGCAGUACAAGUUGGUUCAAGAGUUGACUUCAACCUGGGCUGAGUGCUUUGGUCCACUUGCAUCCGCCGUUUCGCUAGACAGCGAGAUGAAAGGACUCAAGAUACAAGACCUGACACCGCCGAAAGACUUCCAAACCACUGGUCGGGCUGUACUAAUGGGAGACGCUCUCCAUGCAAUGGCAAUGUACCGGGGAGAGGGCGCAAACCAUGUCAUCUUUGAUGUCAAAGACUUUGUGGAACGAGUUGUUCCUGCUCUCGAUGGCGAUGGCGAUCUUAGAUCCGCGCUAGAUGAGUAUGAACGAGCAGUCAUUACGCGGACGCGUCCAGCAGUGUUGGCUUCUAGGCGAGCUUGUCUUGAUGCACAUAAUUGGAAGAGGAUUAGCAAGACUAGCCCAUUGUUGACAAAGCGUAUGCCAUACAUAGAAUUUGAGGAGACGGAGGAGGUUGAGGUACACAUAGACUGUAGGAGAAGGGGUAAUGCAAAGUUCUAA